AUGUCACAUGACCAAAUGCGAAAAUUCUACCAAAAGGUGAUCAAUACACUUGCAUGCAUCAGAAUCUCAAUAUCUACAGACUCAAUCAAUGCCACAAUCCGAUCAUUGUCAACAGAGUCACAGAAUACUCUCCAAACCCUAGGAAAAUCACUCCUUGCCUCGUAUGCAUAUGAUAACUUUGAUGUUGAUCUGAAAUCUCAAGUUCCUCUUGCUGAGAAGUCAAAUGACUCGUUAAAGCAUCUCACCUCCGGUUUGCUGUUCCCAUUGCAGCAUGGUGUUACUGCAGAUGACUUAAAAUGUUCUAAAGAGCUAUGGAGACAAUCAGUGUUAAAUUCCCAUGUGCAGCUCUCAACACUACCUCCGAAAAGAUCAUGGAAAGAUCUGUUACACAUCCACCCAGAAUCCAAGGACAAUUCCACACCACAACUCUCUCGGCGCAAUCAAUUCAACAUGCGGAUGUUCCUGUUGGAUUUAUGUGAACAUGGGCCAGAGUAUUUUCAUCAAUUUCAAUCCAAGAUUCCCGAGCUGGACGCUGUAGAGGAGAUACCAUUAGUCAAAAUGUCAAUCACAGCUGCAUGUGCAAUGGACAUCAAUAAUUCAACCAUCAGUGGGAAUAUUUGUGCAGUCAUGGAACUACUUGCCCAAGGUGGUGUACAUGAUCCCACCGACACCAACAUUCUUGACAAUCCCAACAUCUCGCAAUAUGUCAUCUUCAUUCACAGUGACCUGGGCACAGGGGAAUGA